AUGUCCACCGUGGUAGCUCAGUCGCUUCAUGUUUUUGGUCUUCGGGCUCACGUGACCAACAAUAUCUUCUUCUUUGAUGAACAGAUCGUUAUAUUUCCUUCAGGAAAUCACUGUGUGAAGUACAAUCUAGAUCAGAAAUGGCAGAAAUUCAUUGCAGGCUCAGACAAGAGUCAGGGCAUGCUGGCCUUGUCCAUCAGUCCCAAUCGGCGAUACCUCGCUAUCUCCGAGACAGUGCAAGAAAAACCCAUCAUCACUAUUUAUGAGCUGUCAUCCAUCCCUUGCCGGAAGCGCAAAGUCCUGAAUAAUUUUGAUUUCCAAGUUCAAAAGUUUACCAGCAUGGCUUUUUCUCCAGACUCUAAAUACCUGCUGACACAGACGUCGCCUCCAGAGUCAAACCUCGUCUAUUGGCUAUGGGAAAAGCAGAAAGUCAUGGCCGUUAUUAAAGCUGAUAUUCAGAACAACCCCAUCUACCAGGUUAGCAUCAAUCCCCAGGAUAGUACUCAAGUGUGUAUCACCGGAAGUGGGGUAUUUAAACUUCUCCGUUUUGCUGAAGGAACUCUAAAGCAAACCAAUUUCCAGAGGGGAGAAUCCCCAAACUGCCUAGCCCACGCCUGGGUGUCCGAAGACAGGAUCAUUGUUGGCACUGACACUGGCAGACUCUUUCUCUUUGAAUCUGGAGAUCAGCGCUGGGAGACAAGCAUAGUGGUCAAGGAGCCUACUAGCUCCAGGAGCCUGGACAUCAUCCACGAGUCAGAAAGCCUGAUCGAGUUUCCACCACCCAGCUCCCCGAUCUCCUCCAUUGAGCAGAUCACGACAACCACAACCACGUACACCCAACAACAGGCCAGGCCCCAGGUGUUCGCCAUCGCAGCCUAUUCAAAGGGCUUUGCCUGCUCUGCGGGACCCGGAAGAGUGCUGCUGUUUGAGAAAGUGGAGGAGAAGGACUUUUACCGGGAAAGCAGGGAAAUCCGGAUCCCUGUCGACCAACAAAGCAGUGACCCGAGUCAGUCAGACAAACAGGAUGUCCUGUGCCUGUGCUUCAGCCCAUCAGAAGAAACCCUGGUCGCCAGCACCAGUAAGAACCAGCUCUACUCCAUCACCAUGUCCCUGACAGAGAUCAGCAAGGGAGAGGCUGCCCACUUCGAGUACCUGCUGUACCCACUGCACUCAGCAUCCAUCACUGGUCUAGCUACCUGCAUCCGAAAACCCCUCAUUGCCACCUGUUCUCUGGAUCGCUCUGUCCGCAUCUGGAAUUACGAAUCAAACACAUUGGAGUUAUAUAAGGAAUACCAAGAAGAGGCCUACACAGUCAGUCUUCACCCCUCUGGACACUACAUUGUGGUGGGGUUUGCUGACAAACUGCGCCUUAUGAAUCUGCUCAUUGAUGACAUCCGUCCUUUCAAAGAAUAUUCUGUCAGAGGAUGCAAAGAGUGCGCCUUUAGCAACGGAGGUCACCUGUUCGCUGCAGUCAAUGGAAAUGUGAUUCACAUCUUCACCACCACGAACCUGGAGAACAUCAAUAAUUUGAAAGGCCACACGGGGAAGAUUCGAUCACUUGUGUGGAACUUAGAUGACAGCAAACUGAUUUCUGCUGGAACGGAUGGUGCCGUGUAUGAAUGGAAUCUGUCCACGGGGAAGAGGGAGACAGAGUGUGUGCUCAAGUCCUGUAGCUACAACUCUGUGACCACUUCCCCUGAUGCCAAAGUUAUCUUCGCUGUCGGAUCUGACCAGACUCUCAAGGAGAUUGCAGAUUCUUUGAUCCUUCGAGAGAUACCAGCAUUUGACGUCGCCUACACAGCCAUCACCAUCUCACAUUCCGGGCGCAUGAUAUUUGUGGGCACUUCCGUGGGGACUAUCCGUGCCAUGAAGUACCCGCUGCCUUUGCAAAAAGAAUUCAAUGAGUACCAGGCUCAUGCUGGCCCCGUCACGAAGAUACUCCUCACCUUUGAUGACCAGUUCCUGCUGACAGCUGCUGAGGAUGGCUGCCUGUUCACCUGGAAGGUCUUUGAUAAGGAUGGUCGGGGAAUCAAACGAGAGAGGGAGGUGGGCUUCGCUGAAGAGGUGCUUGUGACUAAGACAGACAUGGAAGAGAAGGCCCAGAUCAUGCUGGAGCUGAAGACACGUGUAGAAGAACUGAAAAUGGAGAAUGAGUAUCAGCUCCGGCUGAAGGACAUGAACUACUCGGAGAAGAUCAAGGAGCUGACGGACAAGUUCAUCCAGGAGAUGGAGUCCUUAAAGACAAAGAACCAGGUUUUAAAAACAGAGAAAGAGAAACAGGACAUCAGUCACCGAGAACGCUUAGAAGAGCUCAUAGACAAGCAGUCCCGGGAGCUGCAAGACCUGGAAUGUUGUAACAACCAGAAGCUGCUCCUUGAAUACGAGAAGUACCAGGAGCUGCAGCUCAAGUCUCAGAGGAUGCAGGAGGAAUACGAGAAGCAGCUCCGGGAUAACGAUGAGACAAAGAGCCAAGCACUGGAGGAGCUGACAGAGUUCUACGAGGCCAAACUCCAGGAGAAAACCGGCCUUCUAGAGGAGGCACAGGAAGAUGUCCGACAGCAGCUUCGGGAAUUCGAGGAAACCAAGAAGCAGAUUGAAGAAGAUGAGGACAGAGAGAUCCAAGACAUCAAAACCAAGUAUGAGAGAAAGCUUCGGGAUGAAAAGGAGUCCAACCUUCGGCUCAAGGGAGAAACGGGAAUCAUGAGGAAGAAGUUCAGCAGCCUGCAGAAGGAGAUCGAAGAGCGUACCAAUGACAUUGAGCUCCUCAAGACGGAGCAGAUGAAGCUGCAGGGAGUCAUCAAGUCCCUGGAGAAAGACAUCCAAGGACUCAAGAGAGAGAUCCAGGAGAGGGAUGAGACCAUUCAAGACAAGGAGAAGCGAAUCUAUGAUCUGAAGAAGAAGAACCAAGAGCUAGAGAAAUUCAAGUUUGUCCUCGACUACAAAAUAAAGGAGCUGAAGAAGCAGAUAGAACCGAAGGAGAACGAGAUCAAAGUGAUGAAGGAGCAGAUCCAGGAGAUGGAAGCCGAGCUGGAGCGUUUCCACAAACAGAACACGCAACUGGAGCUGAACAUCACAGAACUGUUGCAGAAGCUGAGAGCCACAGAUCAGGAGAUGCGCAAAGAGCAGCAGAAGGAAAGGGACCUGGAAGCAUUGGUCCGACGGUUUAAGACAGACCUCCACAACUGUGUGGCAUACAUCCAGGACCCCCGGCUGCUGAAGGAGAAGAUCCGUGGUCUCUUUGAGAAGUACGUGCAGCGGGCAGACAUGGUGGAGAUUGCAGGGUUGAACUCAGACCUGCAGCAAGAGUACGCCCGCCAGCGGGAACACCUGGAGAGGAACCUCGCCACACUCAAGAAGAAAGUGAUCAAGGAGGGCGAGCUGCAUCGCACCGACUAUGUCCGCAUCAUGCAGGAGAAUGUUUCUCUGAUCAAAGAGAUCAAUGAGCUCCGCAGGGAGCUGAAGCUAACCCGUUCCCAGAUCUACGACCUUGAGUCAGCCCUGAAGGUGUCCAAGAAAACCCGGGCACAAGAAGUUCCAGAGUCAGUGCUCACCAAGGACAUAGUCGGCACCAGUUCUACUAUGAGGCUGAAUGAACAGGAGGAAACCGGGAGAAUCAUCGAGAUGCAACGCCUGGAAAUCCGCCGCCUCAGAGACCAGAUCCAGGAGCAGGAGCAGGUCCCGGGCUUCCACACCAUCGCCGGCGUCCGGCUUCCUUCCCUCAUUGACUCGGAUGUAGAUUUUGAAAUACACACCUAG